GGGAAGCUUGGAGUAAGGACAGACAGAGAGACAUAGAGUACCAACUGGUUACCAACCGAUAUCAUUUAGCCUGCACAGAGUAAUACUUUACAAAACUUGUCAGAAUGAACAUCUCGCAUUUGGUGGCUUGUGGACUUAUGAUAAUUCUGCUUUCAGUGAGGACAGGGGCGAAGCCUCUGACACCAGCGCAACAGAAGUCUCUUAGAAGUUUGUUGGGGGAGGAGCUGUCGGAGUUCCUGGCAUCUGAAGAGAGAGAGCGGAGGAUGGAAAACUUGCGCUCCAGGGUACGAUUGCUGCGAGACCUGCGCAUGGAAACUCGCGCCAAGGGCAUGUGGGCGCGCUUGCUGAACGACCAGCCCAGUGCACGGAGACACAAACCUAACACCAAGAAAGGGGCCGCGGCCCGGAGUGGCUGCUUCGGACACAAAAUGGACAGGAUAGGCACUAUUAGCGGCAUGGGCUGUUAGAGAUGGCGAAUCGAGACGUAUCGCAUUCAGACGAUGGGUUCGACAACAUAGAUUCAGUUGGUCCUCGCCUGAGGUAAAUACCUAAAGUGAUGGAUUUUCGGUAUAAAAAGCCACCAUGACCAGCAUUUUCGAGGACUGAGACAACAAUGAUAAAACCAACCCAUAUGUAUAACAUUGGUGUAAAACCUAGAAACCGAAAAGCUGUAUAUUGUUGCUGCUGCUGUAAAUUCAUGUACUUUCAUUCCUGCAUAAAUGUAUUUAUGUUUUAAAAACUAUUUAUAUGUUUAUAAAAUAGAUAUUUAUAAAUAUUCAUUUUAUUUAUGUAACAUUUUGAAAUGGAUGCAAACUGCAGGUGAAUUCCUUUUUUGUCUUAAAUAGUGAAUGUUUUCAAAGUGAUUAAAAUAAAAAAAAAUCCAGGCACUAA